UUGAUGGUCCGGCCCAUUUUUUGGGAGGCAGGAAGUGAGGCAUGUUUUCGCUAUGCCUGGGGUGAGGGCACGGCCGGGGGCCGGUCCCAGCUGCCGCUCCGUGGCCCCGGCGCCUGCUGCAGGGGCGAUGCCCGCGGGGCCGGAGGAGGAGGAGGAGGAGGAGGAGGACCAGGACCAGGACCAGGACCAGGACCAGGACCAGGACCAGGCUGCUGCUCCCACCCACGCCGGUCCUGCCAACGCCGCCGCCCCGGCCCGUGGUCGGCUGAGGAUGCGGGCCCGGACACCCGCGCCCACUCGGACUCCGGACGCAGCGCCGUAGUGGAUGAUCCCUUCGCCUGAUUUUGGAAAAUCUGCUGCCUUUUAAUGGCUGCCGCAGCUGCUGGGUGAACAAGCCCAAGACUUUGCAGGACUUAGACUCUGAGGAGACCAAUCCCUUUUUUUCAUCACCUUUCCCUGAGCUGGUGGUGGCGACUGGUGCUGGCUUUGCUGUUUCCUCUCUUCCACCUCUCGCCACUUAAAGGACAAGAAGAUGCCUCUGCCGUUUGGGCUGAAAUUGAAACGCACCCGCCGAUACACGGUGUCCAGUAAGAGUUGCCUGGUUGCACGCAUCCAGCUACUGAACAAUGAGUUUGUGGAGUUCACACUGUCAGUGGAGAGCACUGGCCAGGAGAGCCUUGAAGCUGUGGCCCAAAGACUGGAGCUACGGGAGAUUACUUACUUCAGCCUGUGGUAUUGCAAUAAGCAAAAUCAACGCCGAUGGGUAGAUUUGGACAAGCCUUUGAAAAAGCAGCUGGAUAAGUAUGCCUUAGAACCUACAGUCUAUUUUGGGGUAGUGUUUUACGUGCCUACGGUUUCUCAGCUUCAGCAGGAGAUUACUAGAUAUCAGUAUUACUUGCAGCUGAAGAAAGAUAUCUUAGAAGGAAACAUUCCUUGUACAUUAGAACAAGCAGUUCACCUAGCAGGCUUGGCUGUUCAAGCUGAUUUUGGUGACUUUGAUCAGUAUGAAUCUCAAGAAUUUCUGCAAAGAUUUGCCUUGUUUCCUGUGGGCUGGUUACAAGAUGAAAAAGUUCUUGAAGAAGCUACACAAAAAGUGGCUUUGCUGCAUCAAAAAUACAGAGGACUUACACCACCUGAUGCCGAAAUGUUAUAUAUGCAGGAGGUAGAAAGAAUGGAAGGCUAUGGGGAAGAGAGCUAUCCUGCCAAGGACAGCCAAGGGAGUGACAUAUGCAUUGGAGCAUGCCUUGAUGGUAUUUUUGUGAAACACAAAAGUGGGAGGCCUCCAGUUAUAUUUAGGUGGCAUGACAUUGCUAAUAUGUCUCACAACAAGUCCUUCUUUGCAUUAGAGCUGGCAAAUAAAGAAGAAACCAUCCAAUUUCAAACUGAAGACAUGGAAACUGCUAAAUAUGUGUGGAGGCUGUGUGUUGCUAGACACAAAUUUUACAGACUGAAUAAAUGUAGCCUGCAAACCCAGACGGUUGCAGUGAAUCCAGUAAGGAGGAGAUCUUCUUCAAGGAUGUCUCUGCCUAAACCUCAGCCUUUCAUGAUGCCACCACCACCUCAGCUGCAUUAUAAUGGACACUAUACAGAACCUUACACUUCUUCCCAAGAUAACCUCUUCGUGAACAAUCAGAAUGGAUUCUAUUGCCAUUCUCAAACGAGUUUAGACCGAGCACAGCCUGACUACAAUGGGAGAAUCCGCAACGGGAGCGUCUACAGUGCCCACAGCACAAACUCUUUAAAUAAUCCUCAGCCCUUUUUGCAGCCGUCCCCUAUGUCCUCUAACCCAAGUAUUACCGGAAGCGACGUUAUGAGACCUGACUAUGUUCCAUCACAUCGACAUAGCGCCCUGAUACCUCCAUCUUAUCGCCCUACUCCGGAUUAUGAAACGGUGAUGAGGCAACUCAACAGAGGAAUGAUACAUGCAGAGAGACAAAGCCACUCAAUGAGAAAUCUGAACAUCAGCAAUUCCUAUGCAUAUAGUAGGCCUGACGCAUUGGUCUACAGCCAGCCUGAAAUCCGCGAGCAUGCUCAGUUUACCUCUCCCCAGUCAAAUCACUAUCCGUUCAAUCUGAAUUGCAGUUUUCACAGCCAGUCCCCUUCCCCUCACCCUGCCGAAAGGAGACCAGUUGUUGGAGCCGUCAGUGUGCCCGAACUGACUAAUGUCCAAUUGCAGGCACAGGAUUAUCCAACUCCAAACAUCAUGAAAACCCAGGUAUAUCGACCUCCUCCCCCCUACCCAUAUCCAAGACCCGCCAACAGCACCCCAGACCUUUCCCGCCAUCUUUACAUCAGCAGCAGCAACCCGGAUCUCAUUACCAGGAGAGUCCACCACUCAGUUCAGACAUUUCAAGAAGACAGCUUGCCCGUUGCCCAUUCUCUCCAAGAAGUCAGUGAGCCCCUGACGUCAGCCCGUCAUGCUCAGUUACAGAAAAGAAACAGUAUUGAGAUAGCUGGGCUGGCUCACAGUCUCGAAGGGAUCAGAAUUAAAGAGAGAACCAUGUCGGCAUCAGCAGCCGAUGUGGCGCUGCCACGGGCUGUCUUGGCAGGUUCUCAGCCAAACGUUUUCAUCGAGAGAACCAAGCAGGAAGAAAGUGAAGAACAGGAAAGUGUGAGAUAUGGUCACAAGAAGUCACUUUCAGAUGCCACCAUGCUGGUUCACAGUAGCGAAGAAGAGGAAGAUUUUGAAGACGAUAACAAGGAAAGCGCAACACUCUCUCCUCCCCCUGGCGAGCCAACCCGACUUUCGGCUCUAAUGGACAGUUUUUCCCAAGAACCUUUGCUGAGUUACCCCUUUGGUUCUGUAAUCCCGGUUCCCAGCUCUUUGCAUAUUUGUGAGCCUAAGAUACACGUUAUGGAAUCUGAAAAGAGGGUUAGAGACGUAAGCCCGGUUCAUGUAAUAAUUGAAAGCCAGAUGCCUAGAAGAGGAGAGGGAUUGCUCACGCCAUCUAUGUCUGAGUCUGAUCUCACGACCUCAGGAAGAUACAGGGUGAGGAACGAGUCAAUAAAGAAAAGGCCAGUGUCUGAUUUUGUGUCCGGAAAGAAGAAUAUUGUUGAAGGUCUUCCGCCUUUGGGAGGAAUGAAAAAGAAUCGAGCGGAUGCUAAAAAAUUUGGUCCCCUCAAAUUGGCUGCUUUAAAUGGACUCUCCUUAUCGCGACUGCCUCUGCCUGAUGAGGGGAAGGAAGUGCCAACCAGAGCAACCAAUGAUGAAAGGAGUAAAGUUUUGGAACAUCGGUUAGAACAAGGAAUGGUGUUCACAGAAUAUGAACGAAUUCUGAAAAGGAGGAUAGGAGAUGGAGAGUGUUCAACAGCACGGCUCCCUGAAAAUUCAGAGAGAAACAGAUUCCAAGAUGUACUUCCUUAUGAUGAUGCCAGAGUGGAAUUGGUACCUACCAAAGAAAAUAACACUGGAUAUAUCAAUGCAUCACAUAUUAAGGUCUCUGUUGGUGGCAUUGAGUGGGAUUACAUUGCCACACAGGGACCAUUGCAGAAUACAUGUCAGGAUUUUUGGCAGAUGGUAUGGGAACAAGGAAUUGCAAUCAUAGCAAUGGUGACAGCAGAAGAGGAGGGUGGACGAGAGAAGAGUUUUAGGUAUUGGCCACGACUUGGUUCGAGGCACAACACUGUCACCUAUGGAAGAUUUAAAAUAACAACGCGAUUCCGAACAGACUCUGGUUGCUAUGCCACAACUGGCUUGAAGAUAAAACAUCUUCUCACUGGGCAGGAAAGAACGGUUUGGCAUCUUCAGUACACUGACUGGCCUGAACAUGGCUGUCCGGAGGAUUUAAAGGGAUUUCUGUCUUACCUGGAGGAGAUCCAAUCAGUCCGUCGCCACACAAACAGCACAACUGAGCCUAAAUGUCCCAACCCUCCUCUACUGGUCCACUGCAGUGCGGGUGUAGGAAGAACAGGUGUAGUAAUCCUAUCAGAGAUCAUGAUUGCCUGUUUGGAGCACAAUGAGAUGCUGGACGUCCCUAGAGUGCUGGACAUCUUGAGGCAACAAAGGAUGAUGAUGGUUCAGACUCUCAGCCAGUAUACUUUUGUCUACAGAGUUCUCAUUCAAUUCCUGAAAAGCUCUAGGCUUAUAUAAACUCCCACUGUUUCUUAUGGGACCCCUUUAUCUAAAGAGUUUACAAAGAAAAUUGCAUUUGUCAAGGCACACCUGACCUGUGCUUUUUCCCCAACACCUGGUUCAUCAGGGUAGCAUUGUGGCCUAUUUCAUUUUAUCUUCAUGACAAUGCAUCUUGUGGAAAAUUGGAAGCACAGCGCUGAAGGAAUGAAUCUCAAAUCUGUGGGCAAAGUGUUGGAACAGGGACUGGUUUGGAGUGACUUGGCUGUACUUGUGUCUAUGCUGAUUUGCGGUACUUGCACACAUUGUUGAGGUUGUGUUUUCUAGAUAAACUGAUUUUCUAAUGAAGGUAGGCUGGGCCAUCCUGGCACCCAUGAUACUGCUGUAUAGAUUUCUAUCUGAAACUGUUGAUAGCCGGAUAUUAGUGUGAGACUGAAAAUUUGCAUCUAGAGUUUUCCUUAGUGACAGACCAGUUUUACCCAGGGAUUACCAUGGUCUUGACUGCUUUCUAUAUAAUUCAACUUUAUUAUUUAAUGGAAUUUUAAUAUCUAUUUUAAAAUAUUGGUUACUUUUUGUUUAGUUAACAGAACCGGAACUGCAAAAAUAAAAUAAAAGCCCAAGUGGAUUAGGGUCAUUUAAGAAGUUGCCAGCUCUUUGUACUUAAAAUUAUAUUCCCAAAUCCACUUAAAAUAUCAGAACUUUCUAAACUGAGGACUGAAAGUACAAAGGAAUUCAUGUUUUAUUAAAGUUUGUAAAAAGUGAAGGGAUUGAAUUAGAUGCACUGUUUACUUAGAGAUCUAAGCAACAGAAUCAGCAACAUUCAAUAUAUUCUCAGUAUUAUAAGUAUAGAUUUUCCCGGUUAAAAUUGAAUACAAAUAAAUGAUGGUUUUAAAGCACUUUUUGCUAUUUAAAUAGCAAUACAUAUUGCUUUUAUCUGUGUAUUGUUUUACUAUUACUAACAGUAAUAAUGUUGGAUAUUGUUUAAGAAAAAGUGUUUUACAAUGGUGAUGUGAGGAAAAAGGGUUAGAGUAAGUAGGAAGGGAAAUAGGUGAGUACUGGGAAAAGUACAGGAUGGUAAAAUGAUGUGGUUCUCUUUGAUUUCUCUGGUCAGUGCAAAGAAAUAGUAUUACAUAUUUUUUUCUGCUGUGCUUAUACUUAAAGCAAAAAUGCAGCUUAAUUUACCAUUGAGAUCACUAAGAAUAUUUUGUCAGUCUUGGAACAGGAUUUGCUCAUGUUUUAGUAGUGGUGUUUCAUGUCAACCAAGUCCAAUUGUGACUUAUUGGAGACCAUUUAAAAGUGCGAGCAAAAUGAUGAAUGAAAAAAUGUGGAAAUGGAAACAUUUCUUAUUUAUCAGCUUAGUGUUCAUUUUCAAAUUUGAAAUAUUUAAAAAUCAUGUCAAAAAGGUAGGUAGACCAAAUGAAGAUGUAAAGAGACAUAUGUGCAGAAGGAUAAAAUGAAAUGUUCACUUGAAUUUUUUGUUUUCUUUAGAUGUACAGUUGGAAUGCUUUUUUGAAAUUGUUUGGUACAUCUUUUGAACUGGUGCUACUUUUUCCAUUUCUCUUCAGUUAAAAGUCGUGUUUUAAUAGUUUCAAAGAAUAAGAACUCUGUUUAAAAAAAAAAGUGACACUAUAAUAGUCUAAUUAAAACGUAAUAACCAAUGGUCUACUUCCAGUGCAAUAAUUUGAUCCACGAAGAUAUCCUGAUUUCAAAAUUACCCUUCAUCUAAAAAUGUCACUCUCCUAGAGUACUAGAUUAUUAUUAGAUCUUAGAGUCUAUUUAAUAUUCCUGUCUUAGCUCAGUUUUGAAAAUUGUAUUGUGGCCAAUAAAAAUGAAAUUGAGGAUUUCAAUUAAAGAUAGCUGGUUAAGAUAUAUCCAUAGUAUACAUUAUCUAGAUUUGUUUUAGAGGAAAGAAUAUCCUACAGGAAAUUGCAUAACAUUCAGGUUUAUAGCCUCAUUAAACCAAGCUCUCUGACAUAUCAGAUAAACAAACUUAGUUAUUGAUUUGGUUUCCUUAGUUAUUUUUAAUACAGCCAGUAGUUGAACUCUGAAGAUUACUGGAUUUAUAUCAAUAUUUUAUGAGAUCAAAAUUUCAUACAAAGUAAUAUGCUGCAAAACAUGCACUUACACCAUUGUUUUUUGAGGGGGUUUUGACUAAUCAGUCAAGAGCACAUUAUUGUGCAAAGGUAAGUAUUAUAUGCUGAAAUAUGGAAUAUUACAGUGCUGUUCUCUGCCAAGUAUUACCCUUUUGGAACACCUACUGAGAAGCAUGAAAAUGAGACCUAAAAUUUAUUGUUAACCCCUUGGACUAGAGAAAUGAGAAAAUCAGAAACAAGAUUCUAAAGUGCUUAAUGGGUUAAGCAAAAAGAACAUAUUCAAACUACCCAGUAAAGGAUAGUGAAAUAAAAAUCUUUUCAUAACUUGUUUUUCAUUUGAUCUCUUAUAAUUAUGAAUGACAAGAAAAUAUCAUCAGAUUGAAAUGUUAUUAUGGUUUUCCUCAUUAAACUGAGUUUUAAUCUCAUUUAUCAAGAAAACCGCCUUCUCUGAGAUUUGCAUUAAGGAUGUGUUACUUCUUCCAGACCCUACUAUUUAUGGUUUAUUUGUGGAAAUCAGUCAUCUAAAAUUAUUUGUUUUGGAAUUUACUGUUCAAAGUUGGGUUUCCCUGUAGACUUUACUGAUGACAUUCCAGUAAGGGUGGGUCUUAGGUGUAUGAAUGUAUGUGUGCAGUUGUGAUAACCUUAUGUUGACAGAUUUGUUUUCAAUAAGUAUUGUUGGGAAAAAAAACCUGAUUUUGUAUCAUAGAUUAAGAAUUUCAAAUCUAUGAUCAGUUAUAUUCAUCCAUGGUGUAUGUGAAAUGGGCAUUUCUAAUUUUUAAAUAAAAGUAUUUCAAAAUAUUUGGGAAGAUAAUAAGCAAAUUUUAAACUGUUUUCUACAAUUUUCAGAGGAAAAAUUAUGAACAUGCUUUGUCACAGUAACACUCUGCCAGUUGGGCGAUUAGGGACAAAUUAAGCCCAAUUUAAUUAUAAGAAGUAGAAUCAUUUAUAUUUUAUUUCAGCUUCUAAAAUUAAAAUGAUUUUUUUUUAUCCAGUGCUGAUGGGCUUCAAUGUAUAAAAUGCUGCUCAGAAACACAGACAAGACAGUCUUCAUUUGAGUUUAACACAAGAUUGUACUAGACUGUGGCUCUUCUCUGCCCUUGAGCAAUAAAAUAACUGUUAGUCACACACAGUGUGGGAGGUUGAGGUAGUUUUCAAAAUAAGGAGAAAACUUUCCACUGUUUAUAUAGCUAUGCCCUUGUCAGUCAGUCUUGCCAAUACUGUUUUGUGGAAGAGAGAGAUGAAAUGUGUGUGUGAUGCAAAGAAGGCCUGCAUUUUCACAAGACAAGCUUGUAUAACAGCACUGAAUUUUUCAUCAAAUUCAUGAGUUAUAGCUCAGAGUCCAAAUGCUCUGUAAUCACUCUUCACAGGUUCCAAUGAUGAGGUGUGCCUCACAUCCAAAUUCCAACUGUGGGUCUGUCCCCAAAAUCAGCAGCCCUCCCUCAGUCCAGGAACCCUUGCCAUAUUUCUGGCACUUUCAGCCUUUCUGGAACUCUGCAAUCUCUUAGUGAACAGUAAGAAGCUCUGACUUACUCGUAGUAACUCUGGCUUGUACUUAGGGACUGCUGUUCGUGAAUCUCCCAGGGUGCACUGACAAUGUGUGAACCCUUCACAGCUCAUUAAAGAGCAUCUAUUCAACUGCCAAAGUUUGGAAACCAAUCAUCAGGUUUCCUGAAGGCCAGUUAAUGAGGCAGGAGACUACUAGUAAGUAAAAUACAUUUCCUGUCUUCCCUGAGUAGAUCACCUGGUUGGAAUGCAAAGAAUGAGAGUAUAAUCAAACAAUGGAUGGCAAUGUAAAGUCAAGAAUGAAAUGAGUUAUACAUAGUUGAAGCUAUUCCAUGACACAACUGUGGUGGUGGUAUUUUGGGUUAGUUCAUUUUUUAAGUCAACAAAGAGUGAUUAGCUUUGUGAAAACACAGUCUGCAUGCAUGCGUGUUUUUGGGUGAAGUCUUUAACUUUAAAACUUGAUUAACAAAUUGAUUUUGGAUGUGCAUUUUAGAGAUUUCCUAAUCAGGUAGAGAGAAGUGGUGUUAUGAAAAAUUGUUGGGAAAUACAGAAAAGCAAAUGUAGCCAACAGAGGAUACAGUAAUCUCUCUUAGAUGGUUUAAACAUUCUCCUUUUGGCAGUAAGGUGGAUCAGAUGACCACCAGGAGAUUACACCUCUCCUCUGGUCUGCAUAGGGAGACUUUCCCUAAUUUACUGGAAUCUUGCACAGAUCUUUUUCUCCACUCAGACUAUGGCUUUAGUUAUCGAAGUUGCAUAGAAGAGUGAAUACUGAUUUCUCCAGAGAGAUUUAAAAAAACUUUAAAAUUAAGAAAAUAAAAUCCCACUGUUUCAAUUUUGGUUCUAUAAUUACUAUUUCUUGGUAGGCCAGGAAUUUCUUGAGGCUAGAUUUAGUACCAUUUUACAUGUUAGGUUUUCAGACAUUUUGGAAAGUCUUCUGAAAUAGGACAGUCAUUUGUAUAAAACUGGUCAGCAGACUUCAAAGUAUGCAAGGUGGUUAUCAAGUCUUCUUUUGCAAGUUACAUGAUAUUUUUUUAAGACCACUGUUUUCUGCCCAUUGCUGUCCAAUGGCAACAAAUUCCAUGUGUUAACCUUUAUAUAUGUUUGGGUAAAACAUCAGGUAACCGAAUCAAUACCUAAAACAACAUUCAGAUAUUUCAAGCUUAAUGGAUAAAUCAGAAUUCUACAAUUAUAGCUAGUAAAAAUUAAAUCAAUGGCCAUUUUAGGGAUACUAAAUUAUCAAGUUGACAGUCUUCCCAGAUUAACAAUGGACUAUAAAUUGGAGAGAAAAAUAAAUGAAAUAAUGAAGUUUGGAACAAUUUUCUUUUUAAACUAAGUGGGGUCAGUGGGUUUUAAUCACAUAGAGUGAUUUUCAUGGCAUUGUAGAUAACAACAUAUAGCAGUAGAUCUCGUCUGUUUUUUUGAAUGAUUUUGAAACAAAUGCUUUUUUGGUUAGUAUGAUAAACUGAGUUGCCUUUUCAUUACUCUUUUGGAUUAUACUUUUUCAAUAUGUCAUUAAAAGCUAAGCAGCUCAGUUUCUGUUUACAGAUUUGUUUGAACAUUUAUCAGUCUGCCUCUGAAGUAUAUUUCUGAGCAGCAAAUGCAGGUUAAGAGUCAAAGAUCAAAUGCUUUCUCUUCCUGGUAUUGGAAAAGCACAAGUUUUAUACAUAUUAGCAAUAUUUUCAACAUACAGGUGCAGUGAAGCUUUAUUCAAAAGAGUCUGUUGGGCAGUGAACAAGGUUCUCGCUGAUGGGAUAUUUAAUUUAGCUCUGUGUCAGCAAUGAUUCUAUAUAUUAAAGAAAAAAGGGCUUAUCAAAAAUAUUAAUGAGAUUUGAUUAUUUCUAUUCAUGUGAAAGAUCUCAACAUUGUUCUUUAGCUAUUUAAUUCCUUUCAGCUCUAACUGGGUACUGCAUCAAUCUGAUGUACAAAGAACCUAAUGAAUUCAGGCUGAGGCAUGUAUAAUUUCCUGUAUAGGUCAGAAAGUUAACUUUGUAUAUUUUAUAUUUUUAUUUGUUGUAAUCUGGAGCAACAGAAUCCUACCAAAUAAACAACUCUGUGAAGUACAUACCAUCCUUGUUUAGGCUAAUGCCAAAUUGGUUUAACAAAUCACAAAGUACUUCUUGAAGAUGUAAUAAACUCAAAAUGGUAUUUGGAAAAAACUGAUAUGAAGGGCCUUCUGUCUCUUAGAAACAUUUCUCUGUCGUUUGAGCCAAUAUAUAAGGAUUUUAGUUCAAACAAAAGCAUAGGUUUUCAAGUAUUAUAUUUCAGUUAAAAUAGUUAAAUAUGUUUUGCUGUCUGGCCAUUGAUAUUGUAAAAAUGUAUAAUCGGAAUAAUUUUAAUUCUUGUAAAAUUGAAAUUAGGUUUGUAAAACUGUAUAAACUGCAUUUGAUGGGCAGAAAAGCUUGAAUGACUGAAUAUGUAAUAUAUGUGAAAUGAAUAUAAUGUAGUAUAUUUUUGCCAUGAAAAUAAAUAUUUGAAGCAAUA